GGGGCGGGCCCGCGGCGCCGCGCCGGAGGAGGAAGUGGUGGGGUUGUUGCUCCCUCUGCGCCCGCUGCUGGCUCCCGGGGCGCGGAGUGGGGCCACAGUCGCCGCCGCUGCGUCGCGCUCUCCAGCUGUUACCCUCCAUGUGCCCGGGCUCCGUCGCUCCCCUUCCUCAGGCCGCCGCUUACCCCGGGGUCUAUGGAAGUAAUGGAAGGACCCCUCAACCUGGCUCAUCAACAGAGCAGACGAGCAGAUCGUUUAUUAGCUGCAGGGAAAUACGAAGAGGCUAUAUCUUGUCACAAAAAGGCUGCAGCGUAUCUUUCUGAAGCUAUGAAGCUGACACAGUCUGAGCAGGCUCAUUUGUCACUGGAACUGCAGAGGGAUAGCCACCUGAAACAGCUCCUCCUCAUCCAGGAGAGAUGGAAGAGGGCAACGCGGGGGGAAAGAUGGAAAGCCCAGCAGGGCACAGACAGGGAUGCUGCUGCCGAGCUUCAGGCAUCUCACAGACCCUCUGCUGAGGAUGCAGACAGCCGGAGCCCCCUGCUCUCUCAGAAUUAUAGCCCUUCCACAGAGAAACACUUGCCUGAAAUUCAGGGGGUCUUUGACAGGGAUCCAGACACACUACUAUUUUUACUUCAGCAGAAGAGCGAGCCAACAGAGCUGUGCAUUGGAAGCAAAGCCCCAAAAGAUGAUAAAACAAUUAUAGAGGAGCAGGCAACCAAAAUUGCAGAUUUGAAGAGGCAUGUGGAAUUCCUCGUGUCUGAGAAUGAAAGAUUAAGGAGAGAAAAUAAACAGCUAAAGGCUGAAAAGGCCAGACUUCUAAAAGGCCCGAUAGAAAAGGAGCUUGAUGUAGAUGCUGAUUUUGUAGAAAAGUCAGAGUUAUGGAGCUUGCCACCACAUGCAGAAACUGCUACAGCCUCUUCAACCUGGCAGAGGUUUGCAUCAAAUACUGGGAAAGCCAAGGAUAUUCCAAUACCCAAUCUUCCUCCCUUGGAUUUUCCAUCUCCAGAACUUCCCCUCAUGGAACUCUCUGAAGAUAUUCUGAAAGGACUUAUGAAUAAUUAAAAUGGAAGGCCAUAGAAGAGGUGAAAAAGAGAAAAUAAUACGGUAAUACAGUUAAUCCAGCAAAAAAAAAAAAAAAAAAAAAAAAAGGGAAAACCACAUGCAAGGGUAUCCCGGAGAUGCUGCAUCCAGCAUCCUGCGGAGAAGAGGCAUUGACAAGACUCGGAAACAGUCACUGUGAAGUAUGUCGCGCAUCGGAUUUACUGACUCGAGCUAAUGAUUCCAGACUUGGCAGAUACUAAACUCUUGGAGGUUCACUUUCUCCUGAUACAAACCAAAUGGCUACCUGGAAUAAUUUUUUUCAAGCAACAAUUAUUUUUCUUCAGGGUUAAAAUGUAUAAAAGUAUGUUAUGUGUAAUUAAUCUAUAAUGCCAUAAAUGAUAAUGCAAAACCUAAAUAAUAACGGUUGCCUGAGGGGCUACCUUGUAUUUGAAACAUGCUUUCUGUUCAUGCAUUGACUGUAUGCAUCUUGUUAUGCACAUUUCCUUUGUUUAAUAAGGUGUGUAAGACACACCUUUCUAGAAGAAACUGUGUGCCACACUUUGCACUACUCGUAACAUAAUGAUAACCUCAAGACUAUCAGGAGAAAUAUUUAAAUUUCCAUUUUAUGAAGAAAGGAACCAAAUUAUUAGUUAUGCUUUUUUUAAAAAUUACCAGUUUACAUAAUUAAUCAGGGUGCAUUUUAAGUUCUAACUUUUUUUGUUUAUUGUAUAAUGCAUCAUUUGAAAAUACCAAGGAAAUAUCCUUUUGUUUUUAAUGAUGCAUGAGUGGAAGUAAUGCUGGUUGGCAGUAUUGAUUGUAAGAAAUCAAUAAAGUAAUUGUAUUUUA